AUGAAGGGACAGGGCGAGGGGCGGAAAACUCCCACGUACAGCCCCAUAACGGAGAGCCUGUACCUCAAGCUGAAGGACCCACUGGGGAUAUACGUCCAUUUAAGCAGCUCCCCCCCGUCGAGCGAAAAAAAAAAAAAACUCCACAAAAGAAUAAGCUUCAGUAGCUUUUCAAAUACCACAUGUAGCGAUAUCCACAAGCUUAACAGCUACCUGCCCAUAGAAAAUAAUGUCGUCCUGUUAUCACUUGGAAAUUAUUCCUUCAAAGUUGGACUCAUAAAUAAGUACGAUUGCAAAUUACAAAGCUGGCGUGUACCCCAAAUGGAAGUGAUUGAGCCAUGGAAGGACCUGGGCUAUGCACAUCCUCCAUAUAAAAAUUACGACAUCCUAGAAGAGUGUCUUUUUCACUGCUUCAGUAAUUAUUACAAAAUAAAUUUAAAAGACAAAGAUUUGUUUAUUCCCUUUUCUAGCACAAACAAUACGUAUGAUUUUUCUACUCUAGGGGAUAUUUUAUUUGACACAUUUCAAGUACAGAGUGUGACCUUUAGGGAGCCUUCCUUUCUCUCUUCACUUAUCAUUUUGGAGAACCUCGCGAAGGAGAAGCAGGAGAGGCAAAACGGGCGUGAAGUCCUACUGUAUAGAAAUGAUCAUAAGGACUCUUGUGGACAUAAUGACUACAUCAGCGACACGGUUAUAAUGGGAAGAGAAAAAUACAAAGGGGAACUUGGCUCAGUGAGGAAAACAAUAAUGGGCAGGGAACCCUACCCAGAGGAGUGUGUCGCCAAAUUACACAAUUUAAACUUGUUCAAUUUCACGUCCAUUUUAGUCAACAUUGGAAGUACUAAGACGACCUGCACACCAGUGAUAAACGGAAUCCCACUGCCCGACCUGACAAGCACUUACGACAUUGGGGGGUACGAUAUAGAUAAUCAAAUAUUUGAGGAAAUGAAAAAAAAUAAAAUGUACCAAAAAGACAUAUCUAUGGAAGCUGCAAAAAUUGCAAAGGAAAAACGGGUACUUACUCCGAAGAGUAGAGAAGACUGUGGUUACCUUUCUUUACUUUAUGAUCGAACUCCGAGAAAUUAUUUAGUUAGCUCCUUCGAGUUAAACUUUAAUAAAAUAUCUUCUUCAGCUGUAAUCUCCACUGAAAUAUUUUUCUCUCCAUGUCAUUUGGGAAAUUAUUUAAAAACAGAAUCGUACAAGCAGCUGCACACUUACGACGUAAACGAGGGAUUCCAUUUGAGCGGGUCUCCCAGUACUUGGAUCCCGAAUGCCAGUAUAAAGGAGUCUUGCCCUAGCUGGAAAGCCAACCUGAGCGCCGCCCUCACACAGAGUACCCUCCCAUGUGUAAUUUACGACACCAUUCAAAAGUGCCCUAUUGAUACUCGAAAGGAACUCUUUGAAAAUAUUUACCUGACAGGGGGGUCCAGUAUCAUUAGGGGCUUUCGUGAAAGAUUACAAAAUGAAUUGUAUGAUUUUGUAAAAAGGAAUAACUUUUACAGCAACGUUUGUAUUAAUGUGCAUUCUCUGCGGAGAAGGAUGCUGCAAAAAUAUGCCACUUACUCAGGGGCUCACUACUUUUUGGAGCUGUUCGAUUAUCACAAUUAUCAAAUAACACGAGCGGAUUAUCAGGAGUAUGGGGACAGCAUCCUGGAGCGUUUGAGUAUGCAGGGGAAGCUUCUCUUUUAG